AUGCUCCAGCUGUCAGCCAUCCCGGCAAGUGCCCUUGCAGAUGAUCCAGUGCACAUCUGAGUGACAGGCUUGCCCCCAUCCCAGAUGGUAACCCUGAAGGCCUCACUGAAGGAUGAGAAGGGGAACCUGUUCCAGUCCAAAGCCUUCUACAAGGCUAAUGAGGCUGGUGAAGUGGACCUGGAGCGGGCUCCUGCUUUAGGAGGUGACUAUGUGGGGGUCCAUCCGAUGGGCCUCUUCUGGUCUCUGAAGCCUGAGAGGGCUUUCCGGAGGCUACUCAAGCAGGACGUGAUGAAUAGUCCCUUUGGGGUCACUCUAGAUCUAUAUGACUACUUUUGUUUCCAAGAUUCUGCAGUUCAGCCCAGGGCAAGCCAGAUCGUGCAGUGCUGGUUCUCAGGCCCUGGGGUGCAGAGGAAGCAGAUCCGAGAAGGUCCAGUGCGAGGAGCCCUUUUUCUCCCUCCAGGGGAAGGCCCUUUCCCAGGAGUCAUUGAUUUCUUUGGGGGCAUCGAGGGUCUAGUAGAAUUUCGGGCCAGUCUUUUGGCUGCUCGUGGCUUUGCAGUGCUGGCAUUGGCAUAUUUUGCCUAUGAAGACCUGCCUGACAAACUGCUGGAAGUGGACUUGGGAUAUUUUGAGGAAGCUGCCAACUUGCUACUAGCUCAUCCCAAGAUCCAAAGGUCAGGAAUCGGAGUCCUCUCCGUUUGCAAAGGUGCAGAGAUCGGGCUGGCCAUGGCCUGCUACCUGAAGCGGGUGGUAGCCACGAUCUGCAUUAACGGACCCAAAGCCAUUUCUGGAGUUCCACUCAGGUACAAAGACCUGGUUGUGACACCCAUCGGCCCAGUUCAGGAGCGCAUGCAGAUCCACAUUUCUGGAGCUGUGCGCCUCCUCUCCUGCAGGGGAGACUUCCCGGGUGAGCAGAAUAGACAGAGUGUGCUUCCUGUUGAGAAGGCCCAGGGCUGGAUCCUUUUCAUCGUGGGAGAAAAUGACGAAUGCCUGGAUUGCAAAGCACAUGCUGAGCAGGACGAGGACCAGCUGCGGAACCACGGCAGAAGCAGCGGCGGGAUGCUGGUGUACCCCGGGGCGGGCCACCUCAUCGAGCCGCCCUUUGCUCCCUUGAGCUUCGCAUCUUGGAACCCCGGCAUUUCCCGGCCCUUGCUCUGGGGAGGGGACCCUGCUGCUCACGCGGCAGCUCAGGAGCAUGCCUGGGAAGAGAUCCAGAAAUUCUUCAGGCAACACCUCAUUCAGACCAGAAGCAAACUCUGA